AUGUUCAGGUUAGCUCUUGAGACGUAUAUUAAGAAUCCUCGUGAUCCUAGUGUAGUAUUCAAUGAUGAUAACGUGGUGAUAAUCAAGGAUAAAUUUCCCAAAUCAUUGAGGCAUUACCUAGUCAUUCCCAAAUCAAAUAAAUUCACUAAACAGCACCCUAUUGAUGCUUUUGAAGAUGAUGAAUUUUACUUAUUAGUGAAGGGAUACGUCGAGAAGGCCAAACAAUUGUUGAUCGAAGACUUGAAAAAAGAUGGUUUUAAAGAUUUAGAUGGUUAUGUUCAAGCUGGAGUCCACUCAAUACCUUCAAUGAAUAAUAUUCAUGUCCAUGUAAUGACCAAAGAUUUUGCAUCCAAAUGUAUGAAACAUAAAAAACACUACAAUUCAUUCACUUCCAGGUUCUUUGUCAAUUUUGUUGAUUUGAAUCCAUUAGGCAGAGAUAUAAAUAAGGUUAAACACCUGACCAAAGAGGAUGAAGAAGAUGAAGAAGAUGAAGAAGAAGAUUCAAGCUAUUCUUCAGAUGAUUCAGGAAACUUUAAAAGUCAAUUGAUUGAAAGAGAUCCAAAAAUAUUGGAGAACAUUCUCAAAAGUUCACUCAUAUGUUGUCAUUGUGGUCAGGGAUUUGGUAGUAGUUUUGUCAAGUUAAAGGACCAUUUACGUCUAGAAUUCAAAGAGAAGUUUGGGCGACCACCAAUUCAUUGA